AUGUGGGUGCCCAUCCCCACUUGCUCAUGAAAAAUAUUCAAUUCAGUAUUAUUUAUUCAUCAGUGGUUGUUUUCGUGUGAGGUACACGGCGGUGUGGGCUAUACAAUAGUUUCAGGCUAGUUCCAAUAAUUAUUGACGUCUAGGAGAACGAUCAAAAUGAGCAACGAAAAUAACCAGGUUGCAGCCAACCUUGCCAGCGCUCCUGCUAAUGCAGGAGAUGAGGCUGGACAGCAGCAACCGCAAGGAACAGCGUCUGAGUCGUUCAUGGCUGUAAUGAAGUCGAUGGUGCUUCGAGGCCUCGUGAUUUAUUUUGUCAUGUCUUUCUUCCGAAAGCCAGCAGCACCAGUCGGCCCUACUUCAGGUCCACAGGUCGUGAACAGUCCGGCUCUGAAUAUAUUUGAAAAUGGAACUCUCAUGGACAUGUAUGUUUUCUUAUCUGAAAACGAGCAAUUUAAUGAUUUUAACGACCCCAAAUCUCUUGUGUGGCACAAAGAAAAUCUUGUCUACGGGGAUUGGUAUGGAGGUCCAGACCUCGAUGGUUCUUACUCGACAUCCCUCACAUUCCCCACUUCUCAGAAACUUCGUAACAAUGGUUCCAUUUUCUUGCACGUUUACGUAACUAAGAAUGGCUACAGUCCAGAUCCAAAAUCGGCCAGUUACUCUGGAAAAAACGUCGCAUAUGCGCACAAAAUGCUGAAUAAAUUCAAAAAGCAACACUACAUCAAGACCCACAACCUUUUGACCGGAGAAACCGCCGCUUCAGCUGAACACCAGAAGAAAGCGGAGACGACCAAAAAAGAGAUUGUGUCGCAUUGGCAUCCAAAUAUGACCAUCAACAUGAUCACCGAUUUUACCAACUGGGUGCAGGGGUCGGUGCCCCCUCCUUUGGAUGAAUAUGUGGUUUUCCUGCCUGGAGGAAAAUACUACAAGCCUGUGGUGUACAUGAACGAUUACUGGAACAUGCAGAGAGACUACCAGCCCAUCAAUGACACUACUUUGGAGCUGAAACUGCAGCUCACAUUCCAGCCGCUUUCCCUGCUGCGUUGGCAACUGUAUGCGGCCCAGUCGAUGAAAAACAAGUGGACGUCUGGCGUGUUUGGCGACUCAUUUGCUGACGAAGAAGAAGUGGACCAGGAUUCUCUGAAAGAGGCCCUGCUGGAGACCUCGCCGUACCUGCUUGGUCUCACUUUCGCCGUCUCCAUUUUGCACUCCAUCUUCGAGAUUCUCGCUUUCAAAAAUGACAUUCAAUUCUGGAACAACAGAAAGUCUCUGGAGGGCCUGUCCGUUCGCUCUGUGUUCUUCAAUGUGUUCCAGUCAACAGUGGUGCUGUUGUAUGUGCUGGACAACGAUACAAAUACCAUCGUUAGGAUUUCUUGCUUAGUUGGGCUUGGCAUCGAAAUAUGGAAAAUCCACAAGGUGAUGGACGUGAAAAUGGGUGCGAGAAAGAUCCUAGGCUUCAUUCCGAGCAUCCAGUUCAAAGACAAGGGAUCAUAUGUCGAGUCGAGCACCAGGCAGUAUGACAUGAUGGCCUACAAGUACCUCUCGUGGGCGCUGUUCCCCCUCCUUGGAAGCUACUGCGUGUAUUCCUUGCUGUACGAAGAGCACAAGGGCUGGUACUCAUGGGUGCUGAACAUGCUCUACGGUUUCCUGCUCACCUUUGGAUUCAUCAUGAUGACCCCUCAGCUCUUCAUCAACUACAAACUCAAGUCUGUUGCUCACCUGCCCUGGCGCAUGAUGACGUACAAAUUCCUCAACACCUUCAUUGAUGACAUCUUUGCCUUUGUAAUCAAAAUGCCAACAAUGUAUCGACUCGGAUGCUUCAGAGAUGAUAUUGUGUUCUUCAUUUUCCUGUACCAAAGAUGGAUCUACAAGACUGAUCCUAGCCGUCUCAACGAGUUUGGUUUCUCUGCCGAGAUGGAAAAGGAAGCCAUUACUAAAGGGGCUCAGACUGAGGAGGUCAAGCCAAUCGAAGAUAGUAAGCCGAUCGAGGACAAGAAGAAGGAUUAAUCAAGUUGUUGAUGACUUGUAUGGAUGUUUGUGGGCUCACUGUUUUUAAUUCCAUGUGCUUCAAAUAUGUGUAUUUUGCGUAAAUUUUUUUUAUAUGUUGUGUUAUAUCGACAUUAAGUGAUUUAGUCAAUAAAUAGGUCCCUUAACAAUGUACAAGUAUCACAUCAUA